AUGCCGAGUCCGGAAUGCGAUCCACCGGGUCCCGGUGACAGCUCCAACCUGGAAAAAUGGCUUGUGUCCUUAUUGGAUCACAAGUUCGCACAGCAAGAGACUGUGAUUCGUGGGUUGCUUGAGCGAAGGCCUCAAGGACAGAGCUAUCCGGAUAGAACACUAUCGUCUUUCUCUGCUGAGAGGAAUGCCAACAUGGGCACGGCUUCUCCCGGCAGUCGCAUGGAUGAUUCACAGAGCGAGACGGCCGGAGAGCCCAUGUAUCCCUUGAGAAGUGAUGCUACCAGCGAUGAUGUUGCUAGAACAUCUUCUAAAAACGUCGCUAGAAAGAACACAGCGACGCUCGGAGCGGCUGUGAUGUCAGAAAGAUGGGAUCCAGAUCCUCCCUGGAAGUCCUUCAUCAAGAAACGCCUUGAUGGAUACAUGGGGGUUGUCGUCAUUGUGAACAUGAUCUUCAUGGUCCUCAUGACUCAAUGGACAGGUUCAAAGGCUGAGGUUUACCUCAACUUGACGCAAGACCACUGGCCGUUCUUCUCGCAGGAGUUCUUCGAUAUUUCAGAGUAUUUUUUUUACGUCUUCUAUGUCGCCGAUGUUUUGGUUCGAGUCGUUGUUCUUCGGAGGGAGUGGUACUACGAUCCACAGGAAGGCAUCAUGUAUUUAAACAUCUUUGAUUUCGGCCUCGUGGCUCUCAGCACCAUUGAGCUGAUCGUGCUGCCAGCGGUCCUCACUGCUGGGGGCACGAACGAGUUCCAGGCGAGUGCUAUUCGUGUCUUGAAGCUGAUGCGGAUAUACAGGACUCUGCGUGUCGUGAAAACCAUGCAUGUGUUUCGGCAGUUGAAACUCCUGGUUAGAACGUGCGUUGCCAGCAUCGGGGCCUUAUUCUGGUCAUUGGUGCUCCUGCUUUUACUGAACAUAGCAUUCGCACUGAUGAUCUCGCAAGCGCUGCAGACAUUCAUCUUAGACGAUGCUGCAGAUCUGGAUGCACGUCUUCAAAUGCACGAGUUCUAUGGCAGUUUCACGAAAUCCUUUUACACCAUUUUCGAGGUGACGCACAGCGGGUCUUGGCCAUCGCGUGUCCGACCUGUCCUAGAUUCGGUGGAUGCCUGGUAUGCUGCUUUGUUUCUGCCAUAUAUAGCAUUGGUAGUUUUCGCAGUUAUCAGAGUCGUUACGGCUCUAUUCAUCAAAGAAACGCUGGCGAGCGCGGCAAACGAUGCAGAGCUGGUCAUCGAAGAAACACGACGGUUCGCGUUGGAAUAUCAGAAAAAGUUGGAAGAACUUUUCAAGUUUGUGGAUGAAGAUGGAAACGGUCAACUGUCUCCAGAAGAGUUUGUGGAAGCCAUGAGCUUACCGAGCGUCCAGCAGUACAUGAAGUUCCUGGAUGUCAGCGUUCGCGACGUGCGCCCGCUUUUCGACAUUCUGUCCGAGGGUGACGGCCUGAUCACCAUAACUGAGUUCUGCAAAGGUCUCAUGCAGCUCAAAGGACAGGCACGAGCUCUGGACAUCAUCAUCCUGCAGCACGAGAACUCAAAGCUCAUGAAGAGGUGUGAAGACAUCCACCGCAGUGUUCGCAAAGUGUUCCAGGUCAUGUCUUCGUCCGGUUGGGCAGGCUUCGCACAGCGGCUGAUACGUGAGCCGUCGUGGUUGCGCGAUGGCACGCUGCUGCACGUCCACAGCCUCGAGAUGGUUCGGCUCUUGGACGAGAGGCUUCAGUCAACUUUGGCGGCUCACUUCGCAGAGCAGGAAGACCUGAUCCGGCGGCUUCUCAGCGGCCGCGCCCAGCCGCAGUAUGACUGGGAAGAAGUGUCGAGGUCCAUCGCGGCCCGCGAAGCAAACAGGAAGGCUCAGAUCCCGCAGGAAUUGCAGCUGUCCCCGCGGCCGGAGCAGCUGAAGACCCACCGUUCGGCUGUGGAUAGGGAGGAGAUGUCCGAGUCCAUCUCCAACUGCGAGGCUACGAAGCCGCCGAGUUUGCCGGAGCCACCAGAAUUGCCCCAACGACCGGAACAGCAGCAGGUCAGAAGACGCGACACAGCCGUGACCAUGAAGUGGAUCCGGAGAGCUCCGUUGUCUGCUUUGUGGAUGGGCGAGACGUGGCGGGGUCGUUCGUUCAACCAACGUUUAAGAUCCUUCAUGAAAGGACCCUUUGAUGUCAUCAUAGGUGCCAUCGUCAUUUUAAACAUCUCAUUUAUGGUCUUACUCACCGAGUGGAGCGGCUUCUUGAUUGACCAGAACUUGGGACUGUCAGAGCCAGCCCCUAGCUGGUUUUCACCAGAAUUCUUCUCAGUUACAGAGUACGUCUUCUUCGUUGUCUUUCUUUUGGAUGUUGUGGCGAAGGUCUGCAUCCUGAAGCACGAGUGGUACUACUCUCGUCGCGAAGGUAUUAUGUACCUCAACAUCUUCGAUGCCAUGUUGGUGGGUGUGAAUUUCGCAGAGCUCAUUCUGCUCCCUUCAAUUUUGCAAGAUGGGGCUGGAGAGCUGCGAAUCAAUCAUGUCCGUGUCAUCAAAUUAUUGCGGAUGGGGCGGACCCUCCGAAUAGUUAAGACAUUGUCAAUCUUUCUACCGCUGCGUGUGCUGGUUGGAACAUGCGUCGCAAGCUUGGGGGCUUUCUUCUGGUCCCUUAUUCUUCUUCUCGUCUUGAAGGUUACCUUUGCCUUGAUCGUCAGCCAGGCAUUACAGUCUUGGAUUCUCGACGAAACCCAAGAUAUGUCAGCGCGCCUACAGAUCCAUGCAAUGUACGGCAGUUUUUUGAAAGCAACAUACACCAUGUUCGAGAUAACCUACAGUGGCGGAUGGCCCACACUUGUGCGCCCAGUUCUCGAUCUCGUCGACCCAAUGUAUGCAGCAGCAUUCCUCCCGUAUGUAACCCUGGUGGUGUUCGCUGUCCUGCGCAUCGUAACAGCACUCUUUCUGAAGGAGACGCUUGAAAGCGCAGCGCAAGAUGCCGAGAUAGUAAUCGAGGAGACGCGACGAACUGCCAUAAAAUAUCAAGAAAAGUUGGUCGAGUUGUUCAACUACUUCGAUGAGGAUGCGGACGGGCACCUGUCUCCAGAGGAGUUCAUCGAGGCCAUGAGUUUGCCCAGUGUGCAGCAGUACUUGAGGUUUCUGGACGUCGGUGUUCGGGAUGUGCGGCCUCUGUUUGACAUCUUGUCCGACGGCGAUGGCCUCAUCACAAUCUCUGAAUUCUGCAAAGGCUUGAUGCAGCUUAAAGGACAGGCACGAGCUCUGGAUAUGGUUCUCUUGCAACAUGAUAGCGCCAAACUGCUCAGCCGAUGCGAAGAGAUCCUGAGUGUAGUUUCGAAAGAUCACCAGACUGCGGGAGAGAGAGUCUCCAAAGAUCAGAAGGCAGCUGUCACACCUGACGGACCACUGGUGCUCGGCACAGUCUGA